UCCUUUUUUGCUUAUUCCAUCCGUUUUAAAAAUGGCCAAGGACCAAAAGACUACUCAAAAGCGUUCCACCCUCGCUGAUGUCGUUACUCGUGAAUACACCAUUCACUUGCACAAGCACGUCUUUGGUCGUUCUUUGAGAAAGCGUACUCCUCAUGCCGUUAAGGCUGUCAAGGCCUUUGCUCAAAAGGCUAUGGGUACCAAGGACGUUCGUCUUGACCCUGCUUUGAACAAGGCUCUCUGGUCUCGUGGUGUCAAGCACAUCAACCACCGUAUCCGUGUCCGUAUCGCUCGUAAGCGUAACGAUGAUGAAGAUGCUAAGGAAAAGCUCUACUCUUAUGUCACCUAUGUUCCCGUUGCCAGCUUCAAGGGUAAGUUGAAUUUUUACUUGGAAUAGAAAUAAUAAUAAAAAAAAAGACCAAGAGAGAGAGAAACGAUGUAUUGAUUUAUUUUCUUGAUUUUUAUAAUAGGUCUUAACACCGAAGUUGUUGA